AGCACAUGCAAUUUUAAGUUGCUAAAUUUAUUCAGCUUUCUGCAACAUAUAAACAAAAAUAUUUAACGACAAUAAAGAAAUCAAAACAUCACAUAUACGAAAAAAAAAAUCAUUCAAUAAACCAAAAGGAUAGACAAAAAUUAAGGAAACCAAAAUUAUACAUAGAAUCUUUAGAAAAAAAACAGGCAACAACAACAAAAAACGAUACAAGAACAACAAUAGCAGCAGAUUACAAGAAUUUUCCAUGCAACCAUAUAAACUGAAAAACCAUCAAGAAACAUACAAACAACAAUAACUUGUACGAAAAAAUAAACAAACCAAACAUAAACACACAACAACAAAGAACUCCGGCUACUAUUAUAUUGGAAAAUUUUCAUAGGCUUUUACACCCUUAAGAUCCCUUGACAGUUCAAUUUACCCGCAACAAUUCUUUGCACAUAACUAGUAUAAAAAUAAAACAUUUAAAUUAAAAAAAAUGUCUAUUAAAUUAUGCUGUUGCUUGUGUUUCUCGGCCUGUAAUGAAUAUAAAUCUUUACAAAAUGAUGUGGGAGAAUGUAAUGAAAUCUAUGAAAUUACUGUCAAAUAUUUUGAUCCGAUGUUAAUCACAGAAAACAUCAAUACAAAAUGUUCCAAAGACAACAAGAUACUUUGCCUGGACUGCUGGUUGCAUAUAAACGGCUUUCAUGAAUUCCAACAAACGGUAAUAACGAUACGGUCAUUACUGGAAGAGGCUGAUGUCAAGCCAAAGCUGUUGGAAAUUAAGGUAGAAGAAGAGCAGAUAACCCCAGUGAUAAGUGAGAAAAACAAAGAUGUGGAUAACAGUGAUGAGAAGUUGACACAUUUUGAAGAUAUAUUAAUUAAAAAUGAGGAUGCCUUAGGAAAUGAUGUUGAGUUGGUUAGUAAUGAAGUUGAUGAUGACAUUCAAAUGAAGGAUACAAAAGAAAGUGUUACGGAGGACCAGAAGCCUAAAUCCCGAAGAAGUCGUGAACCCAAAGAUUCAACUAAAGUGAAUGCAAAAACAGAUUGUGAUGAGGACGAAGAAGAUGACGAGAGAAAACUUAAUGAUGCAGACAAACCUAAGAAUAAUCCUGGCAAUAAUUAUGGCCUAGUGAUAGACAAAGAAUUUGAUGAAUUCUUUGCUAAAUGGAAGCCAUUAUUAGAAUGUGAUAUCUGUAAUGAAACCUUUCCAGGUUUUGAUUUGCUAAAGGGACAUUUCAAGGAUAUACAUAAUGCCAGAUGUUAUAUUAAAUGUUGUGAACAUAAAUUUUAUCGCCGUUGUGAUCUGGUUGAUCACAUUCGUCUACAUAUCAAUCCGGAGACCCAUAAAUGCGAUAUAUGUGGUAAGUAUAAACAUAAUCUUAAACUGCAUAAGAAAGUUGUGCAUGAAGAAACUGAGCAAUUUGAAUGCGAUGUAUGUCACAGAACUUUUAAUGAAAAGCCCAGUUUAGAACGUCAUUUGCUAACUCAUGCUACUGGCAGUAAAGAUUUCAUUUGUAAGGAGUGCGGCAACGCAUACGUUGUAAAAUCUCAACUUAAAUCACACAUCAGAAUAGUUCACAGUUAUAAUCGUGUGUGCGAUCAGUGCGGUAAAACUCUUCAUAGCAUCGGAGCACUUAAGACGCACCUAAUGGAACAUGCUGGCAUUGAAAUACCUAAAUUACUUUGUGAUGAAUGCGGGGCCCAAUUAACAUCACAUCGUUACUUAAAACGGCAUAAAGCAGCAUAUCACAAGGACGGUACGACUAUAUAUGUUUGCAGCAUUUGUGGUAAAGUGACUGGCAGUGAAUCUAGUUUAUUGAUGCACAAAAAAAAUGUCCAUCAUACGGAAAGUAGGCAUAAGUGUACGUAUUGCGGUAAGGCAUUUAAACAUCGUAAAAUACUACGUGGACAUAUUGCCAAACAUACCGGAGAGGACCUGUAUCAGUGUCCCCAUUGCCCGCAAACAUUCAAAAACAGUUCGAAUAUGCGUCAUCAUCGUAAGAAAGCACAUCCCGUUGAGUUUGAAGAGGGUAGAAAAAAUCGUUUACAAUUGCCUAAAGUUGAUAUAACUCAAGUCACAAAACAAGUUGUAAUAAUAGUUUAUCUAAAAAUGUCCAUAAAGUUAUGCUGUAGCUUGUGUUGCUCUCCAAGCAGUGAAUAUAAAACAUUACACAAUGAAGUGGGAGACAGCACUGAAGUAUAUGAAAUUACAGUAAAAUAUUUUGAUCCCAUGUUAAUAACUGAUGAAGAGAUCUGUAAAUUCCCACAAGAAAAUAAAGUGCUUUGCCAAGACUGUUGGGUGCCCAUCAAAGAGUUCCAUGAAUUUCAGCUGAAUGUCAUAAAAACCCGUUCACUACUGGAGAAAUCUGAAAUAAAACAGCUGCCAUUGAUAAUUAAAACGGAAAAUGAAAUCGAACUGGCAGAUCUGAAUGUAAAUUCUGAGGUUGAUAGAUAUUUUGAUAAAAGCGAUGAUGAUGAUGAUAAUGAUAACUUUAGGUUUGAAAGUAUUGAUAUUAAAACUGAUUUGGAGGAGGAGGAAUCAAUAACCACACACGAUGAAGACGAAGAUGAAAAGCCUUUAAUAAACUGGAAAAGAACAAAUGUAGCUAAUAAGAAAAUUAAAAUUUCCCCAAAACCAAAAAAUUGUGAAAGUAAUGCAAAAACAGAGCCAGAUGCCACAAAACCAAAAGCCCGAAGAGGUAGAAAGCCCAAAAAUAUGCCGGCGGCAAGCUUUAAUAAUGACAAAAAUGAUAAUAGUCAUGAAAAUUCCGACUUGGAUGAAAAUGGUCUAAAAAUAAAGAAAGUAAAACUAAAUGAGGACGAUGAAAAAGAAAAGAGUAAUUCUAAAUUUAAUUUAGAAAAAGCUCGAGAAUCGGAUGCAUUCAUUAGAGAAUGGAAACCUGUAUUGGAAUGUGAUUUAUGCGAAGAAACAACAUCCAGCUUUGAUAAAUUGCGAUCUCAUUUUAGGGAAAAACACAAAACCAGAUUUUAUAUAAAGUGUUGUGAGAGAAAGUUCUAUCGACGUUAUGUAUUAGUUAAUCACAUACAACUGCAUCUCGAUCCCGAGACUCACAAAUGCGAAAUUUGCGGAAAAGUAAGUGCAAACAAAAACAAUCUUAAGCUGCAUAAAAAAUUAAUGCAUGAAGAAAUCGAACAACUGGAAUGUGAAGUUUGUCAUAAGCUAUUUAAUCUGAAAACCUCUUUAGAUCGUCACUCACUAACCCAUGUAACCGGUGAUAAAGACUUUGUUUGCCAAGAAUGUGGCAAGGGGUAUGUGCUUGAAGUCCAACUUAAGUCCCAUAUCAGAACUGUACAUAAUGUUGACCGUGUCUGCGAUCAGUGUGGAAAAACUGUUCAUGGAAUUCAGGCUCUUAAAAAGCAUUUAAUGGAACAUGCUGGUAUAGCUAAACCUAAAUUUCCCUGUGACGAAUGCGGUGUUGAAUUAAAUUCUCGCAAUGGUCUAAAACGUCAUAAGGGGGCAUUUCAUCAUGACGGUUCAACGAUUUAUGUUUGUGGGAUUUGUGGUAAAGUUGCAGCCAGCGAAAGCGCUUUACUAAAUCAUAAAAAAUACGUCCACGAAGAAGAAAGAAAACAUAAGUGCACUUAUUGUGAUAAAGCAUUUAAACGACCAAAAAAUUUACAAGAACACAUUGCCACUCACACGGGUCAAGAUCUGUAUCAAUGUCCACAUUGUCCGCAAACUUUUAAAGUUAGUGCGAAUAUGCAUCAUCAUCGCAAGAAAGUACAUCCGGUUGAAUGGGAAGAGGGUAGAAAGAAUCGUUUACAAGUACCUAAAGUUGAUAUCAAUAGUGUUAAAAAUCAAGUUGUGCUUUGAAGAAUUGUAAUUUAGUUAAUUUAUUUUACGAAUGUACUAUUAUAUUGUACAAGUUUCGAAAUAAAACAAUGAUUUCGUAAUUCAUUAAAUAAA